CUGUGUAUUAAAUUACGGCGUCAUAUCAUAUCAACACCACUAGAGCUAGUUUUUUUAAUUACUAGUAUUUAUGAAAGGCUUAAUCAUCAGUAAUGGCACAAGUAUCCAUAAUUAGUAAAAAGUUCAUCAUGUGUCCAAAACAUCAAUCGGAGAUAGCAAGGUUCUUCUGUGAAGAUGAUCAAGUGUUGAUAUGCGAUGACUGUAUCAUAGAUAAAUCGUGUAAUCACAAUGGUCAUACGAAAAUCAAACUGAAAGACUAUAUCAGCAAGAAAAGGGAAGAUUUGAAGCAAAAUGCAACAGAGGCUAAAUAUAAAAACCUUCCUGACAUACAGUAUGCAUUAGAAAAGGCAUUAAAAGGCAAAACAGCUUUUAAUGCGUCUGUCGAUAAACAACUUGAGGGGGUAAAACUUAGACGAGAAAUGGUAAAGAAGGUGUUUGACGAAUUACAAGACGAUCUGAUCCAAAAUUUUGAAUCUGCUAGAAAUGCUGCAAACGAAGAUUUUGACAAAUUUUCUACUAGGCAGCAAUUAAGAAUAAAUUUUAUCCAAGAAACUACAAAUGUUGUGGAAUCUAGAAUUUCGAACAUGUUGGAAACAGAAGUAGUGUCCUACGAUGAAAAAUUAUCAUCAAGUCUGAAAGAUGAUCCGGACUGGGACGUAGUACUGCAGAUUCAACCACCCAGACAUCAGUGCCAAGAUGAAUUGGUACAAAAAGGUAAAUUGCAAAGUAUCAUUGGCUACAUGCAAUCAGGAACUUAUGAUGAAGUUGGCGAACCUGUUAUUCUUCGGGAGAAGAAUGCGAAUCAAAGCAGAAACACAGGAACAGAAGAGGAAAACGGAAGUGAUUCUUGUCCAUUAUCAAUUAUAAUAGAAAACAAGAGAGAUUUUUUGGCCGUUAAAACUUUUAAACGGACUGCUAAAGUCGCCCAUAUUGUACCAAAACAGAGUCUACAAGCAUGGCUUAUUCACAGCGAUAUCGAAGAACUAGACUGUAGCUCGGGAAUGGUAAAAACAAAAAUAAUAAAAUCUAUAGAAGAGGAACCACAGUGUGCUGCCCGUAAUAAUGCAAACGAGCUAAUCAUUGGAAUGUCGAAUAAGAAGUCCCUCAGGCAGCUAAAAUGUGGAGGACAAUUCGGAUUCAAUAUCUUCUCCAGAAAUAAGAGUUAUACCCUUGGAAAUUAUGUUAACACCGCACCUCUUCUAGCUGUGUGCUUAUGUACCUGUAGAUCAGCAUCCGUGAAUGGCGACAUUACAGUAUGCCUUGUCGAAAAACCAGCCUCUGACGAAUAUUCAGUUAAGAAUCCGAUUAUUCGACGAUAUGCAAAUGACAAAACUCAGCCUGUGAGUGACCUUGUUUUGUCGGAAGACAAAAUUGAAAUUGAAGCGCCAGCUUAUAUUUCCGAAAACACGAACGGAGAUUUGUGUAUAGUAAGUUGCCCGGAAGGAAAGAGUUCAUGGAUUACCAUUGCAGACGAAACUGGGACCUUGAAAUUUAGAUAUCCGGCGGUCGAUCUGAAGGCUACCAACCGAAUUGAUUAUGAAUUCAUAGGUGCAGGAUUUCUAUCUGACGGAACAAUAACAGUGUUAGAUAGAAUAGGUUUUAGACAACACUUACUUGACAUAGAGGGCGUGUUACUUCAAAAAGACACACACGAGAGUCUACCUGCUUGCUUGGCUAUUGCUCCGAACGAUCAUGUUUGGAUCGGAUUUGAAGAUGGACAGGUUAAGAUAUUUACAUAUAAAGAUUUAUAUUCUGAGAUUUAAAGCUAAAACAUGAAAAAAAUAAUUUAGAAUCAAACAGAGGAAGAAAAAUGUACAAGUUAACAAUGUUUGACCAUGACUGCAAUUUGAAAUUUUGGGAAACUUCUAAAUCUGUGAAAAUAUCCAUUGUAGUAUCCGGAAUUGUCAGUCAAAUAUAUCAGUAUUCCUUAAUAAUACAGCGCAUUAAGGAAACGAACAUAUGCUGUACUUUUUUAGCGACACAUAACCCUAUGCGAUAUAUCAUAGAAAAAUGUAUUAUGGUUACAUUCCAAUGCAUCAUGUUACAUUUGAAAUGAUUUCGUUAGUGUGGCACAUGGUGUAAUAAAAUUAAAUUGUAUUUUUCUACGAAGAA